CAGCACUCUGCCAUACCACAAAUCUAUCCUCAUGUGAUGCAUUCAUCCAACGCGUGUUGGACAACCCCUACGAAGAACAAGCACUUAGUACGCAGGUAUAGACGACGGUCGAACUUGAGACAUAGGGAAACUCCUUUAGGAUCUAAAAGCUUUUUUUUAUUUCUAAGGCAAAGAAUACGAUCUCAAUUUAGUUACAACAAAAUAUCGUCUCUCGAUCGGAGAACUGAUAGAUUCCUGAAGACGUUUGAUACUGAACAUUUUCGCUGAAAAGAGAACUUCUCUCGAUUAGAGAAUUGAUAGAUUUUUUGAAAACGUUUGAUAGUGAACAUUUUCGCUGAAAAGAAUGGAUGGUCUGUGGAUAUUUGGAGAUUCAUUUACUUCGUACAGUAAUACGGAAACUGCGAACGAAUGUACUCUUGAUGGAACAGCCUGGCUUGAUACGAACAACACGUAUUUUAAUGCAACAGAGUGUUUGGAUGUAAACAAGGUUGCGACAGAAUGUCGCUGCAAUUUCGUGACGAAUGUAAGCGACUGCAACCCCACUAUGGGUUACAUAGAUUACACACAGCACAUGUACUGUCUUUAUGGCCCAGAUGGAGUAACAGCAGUUGUAGGAAUGAGCGUGGUGUGGCUUCUUUUACUCUUUGUCGGUUUAGGAAUCACAGCAAAUGAUUUUUUAUGUCCAUCACUGUUCAUUAUAUCUAAGACUCUAAGAAUGUCUCAAAAUGUUGCUGGUGUGACAUUACUAGCUUUCGGUAACGGUUCUCCAGAUAUUUUCUCUGCAAUAGCUGGUAUCAACCAAGGCAAAACGGAAAUGGUCAUUGGAGGCCUGAUUGGCGGAGGAAUAUUUGUUACAACUGUUGUCGCUGGAUCAAUCUUUUUAACCCAAAACUUUAAAAUGAUGAAACGUCCUUUCUUGAGAGAUGUCAUAUUUUACAUGGCAGCUGCUUCCAUUGCAUUUUAUUUGUUUUUCAAUGGGCGCAUUACUCUGAUAUUUGCCAUAAUCUGUGUUCUCUUAUAUGUUAUGUACAUUGUGGUGGUCAUCGUCAGCAGAUUGAUUCAUCAGAAACACCUUCAAUACAACGAAAAAGCCGCAGAAGCGGCAAAUGUUGAAAAAGGGCUGAAAAUCAAAGGGACAAAUGCAGGAAACUACGAUAAUCCUGAAGCAUACGGAGUUGUUUUAACUGCAUUUUUCAAAUACAAUUGGGAACAUGAUAGGAGAAGGAGCACUGUACAUCAUCAUACUUAUGACAAUGAAGUUUUCUCCAUUUCUUUACCAAACAUAGAUGAAGAGUUGCCACCACCAAGUUAUGAAGAAACUAACAUAAAGGCUUUGGAAGCUUUUAGAGGAAGCUGUGUAUCCACCACGUUCAGCAAAUCUUCGAUAGAUGAAAAGGUUCCAAUUCCAGAACCAGUGAACCAAUGGUGGGAUUUCGUUGAAAAAGUUUGUCCAGUUAACUUGGCAGAAUGGCAUAAACAAACAUGGAGGGAAAGGAUAAUCGACAUUGUGAAGGGCCCUAUCAUGAUCUUUCUUGUACUCACAACACCACUAGUAGACUAUAAAAGUCCUAGGGACAACUGGUGCCGUGUUCUAAACUCUCUUCACAUGGUGACAGGUCCAGUUUUCAUUAUUUUUGCAGUUGGAGCUGGGGGAAACAUGAUCGGAGGAGUAAUGCCUUUGGGUGCUAUAGUUGCUAUUGUGGGCGCUGUUCUUGCUGCUGUAAUCUUCGUUAUGACAAACCCAGAUACCGUUCCAAGAUUCCACACAGCAUAUGCGUAUGUUGGUUUUGGUGUUGCAGUUGUCUGGAUUUACUGCAUCGCAAAUGAAAUUGUUGUAUUGCUUCAGGCGGUUGGAAUCGUUUUCCACUUAAGUGAAAGCAUUCUAGGGCUUACAAUUUUGGCGUGGGGUAAUUGUUUGCUGGACUUUUUGUCCAAUGUGGCCGUGGCGAGAAAAGGAUUUCCAAGAAUGGGUAUAGCAGCUUGUUUUGGUGCUCCGUUUUUAACUCUUCUUUUGGGUAUUGGUGUUCCUUGCAUGAUUAACUUAAUAGAAGAUGACGGUGCAGGAAUGUCUCUGAUAUACUCACCACUGACGACCAUCUUGUUUUCUGCACUAGCAAUAAGUCUGAUAUCUACUUUAACAAUGAUGAUAGUGUGCAAAUUCCAAACAAAGAAGUGGUACGGAGUGUUUCUCAUUUGCCUGUAUCUUGCUUUCUUGUUAACGGCAUUGUUGAAAGAAUCGGGAGCAGUUUAAAUCGAACUCGCUCAAAGUAACUGAUGAUCGUUCAAUUAUAGUGCAAAUAGAGAAGUAUAUGUAGUUAUGAGAGAUUUAUGAAAGUUUUAUGUUUGCAAGUUCUUUCUUUGAAUUCCAAGUAUUACGAUUUAAAGGGAAGAUGAAAGACAUCACAUUAAAUGAGGAUAUAUCUAUUACAAUAAUUUUUUAACGGGAGAAAACGCCCGAAAGCUUGAAAAUGUGAUACGAUUUUAAGUUAUGCGUGGUUAAUAAAAGAAGGUUUCGUUUCUUAUUUGAAAUUCGUAUUUUUAACGUCAUUUUCAAAUAAAAGCUCAAACUAGGUUUCGACUGUUACAUUAUUUUGGAGCGGGUUGUUUUCUCCUAAUGUUGUACAAAGAUCUGUUUUUAAUAAAAACA